CUGUGGAGGGCAGUAAUACGCUCAACAGCGUCUACACUGCCGAAAUCUUACAAGAAGAAGAAUUCACUUCCGGUGUUGUCACUGUCUUCACUACCCCAUGCUUAUUUACUUUCUCUGCAGUGAUUAAAUAUGACUGUAAGCGGAAUUUACAGAGCGUCAAACCCAGCGGGGAGUUUUGGAGGAUCUGGAUGAGGAAGAUGAGCGCCGAUUCUUCCUCUCUGACCGUCAGAAAACAGCAGGAUGGAAUCAGGAGGAUUAUCCUGAACAACCCCAGGAAGAGGAACGCUCUGUCUAUGCUGGAGUCUCUGAGAGAAAACCUCCUGACAGACUUACACACACCAGACCUGCGUGUCAUCAUCAUAUCAGCACGGGGUCCUGUGUUUUCCUUGGGUCAUGACCUUGGGGAGUUGACCUCUGCCUGGGGUCGCGAGCAUCACAUCAAGGUGUUCCAGACCUGCUCAGAGGUCAUGACCCUGAUUCAGGAUCUCCCGGUGCCGGUCAUCGCUAUGGUGAACGGUGUUGCCACGGCGGCGGGUUGCCAGUUAGUGGCCAGCUGUGAUAUUGCUGUCCCCACAGAUAAAUCCACUUUCGCCACUCCUGGCAUGAGCGUCGGGCUGUUCUGCUCCACGCCGGCAGUGGCCAUCGGGCGAGCGCUGCCCAGAAAGAAGGAAUGUGUUUGGACCAUUACAUCCAGUCAUCAGAAGCAGAGCUGUGGGACGUGUGGACAGACAUUGACUGUAAUGAUGGACGUCUGCUGAUGGACAGUCAAAAGCAUAACCCCCUGCUGGACAUCGUGCGGGAGCUCAGGGGGGGACCCCAUGAUCCCCCACACCUUCUCACUCGCACCACAGCAUUCACUCAUAUCGCGGAGAUCUGGCUGGACUCGAACCAGCAACCUCUGAACCCGUGAGGCAGCGCUGUUACCUGUGAGCCACAGAUCUCUUGCUGAUGAUGUGCUGGAACUUAUAUUUCAGUGUUAUCCUGAGAGUUUCCAAUAAAGCAGUUAAAGUGAGAUUCGAAUCCACGUCUUCAUCAGUCUUGUCCUCAGAGAGUGUGUGUUAAUCCACUCGCCCAUCAUGGAUUUCACGUUGACAGCUGGUUUUGGGGCUCCUUGUCUAAUGAGAACUAUUGAAAGUCAGCAAUAGUGGGACUUGAACUCAGGACGCUGUGAUUGAAACACAACUCUUUCUCUCCUGAGCCACUGAGUCUGUUGAGAUGAAGAGCAUUUUCAACUGGUUUGAUCCAGAGUUGUGUGUUAAAUGAUAAAUAACUUUAACAAACAUGAAUCUGAUACCUGGGAUUUGAACCAGGACUGUCUGGUUGGUGAGGUUGACAACUAUCCACUGAGCCGCAGAGACUGUGAAUCAAUGAUGUUGUUUUAGAUUUCAAGUUUAAGGUUCUUAGCGGAUGUAAAAGAUUAUUGUCAUUGAUUAAUAAUUCAUUGACUACUCAGAUCUAUUCUUUAUAAAAUGAUUUUAUUUUUAAGUUAUUCUUUGUAUCAACUGUAUCAGUGUGCGUGUUGUGUCCUAUCGUCUGUCUAUAUAAAUAUACAUGCAAAAAAAGUCAGAUCUAAAAUUAUUUUCGCCCUGCUGUGGUGAUUUGUGUGAAUUACACUAUUGCAAAUCAAGUCUAAUAAACAUACGAGUGUCGCCCUCCUGUGGUGAUUUGUGUGAAUUACACUAUUGCAAAUCAAGUCAAAUAAACAUAAGAGUGUC